AAAGGAAAGAAAAGUUACCCGCUGGCGAUCGCGGUAAUACCUAAUGACGUACCCGAGAGGUACCUGCAGCUGGCUGCUCCAGAGGACGGAUCCGUUGAUGAUAGGCUGCUGUUUUAGCGAAGGUUCGCCCUCUGCCCCUGUGUUUUUAUCGAUAGCUCCCCCCAAAUUACGCCCGGUGGCGUAUGGACACCCUGUCCACUCUCCACUCACUUCACCCCCAUCUUUUCUUCAUGACAACAGUUAUGAAUGAAUGUCCCCAUCCCCCCUUCUACGCGUAUGAAUGUGUUACAUAAAAUAUAGAAAAGAGAGCUAUUUCUCACAUACCGUUCUUCUUCGCCCUGACCUUAAGUAUAAGUAUGCCGAUCGAUCUCGAAGUACCCGUCUUUGGUGCGGAUGCCGCAUUUAAAGCUGUCGAAUCUCGCGUAACGCGCGUUGAGCUCAAUGCUACGGGGUCGUAUCCAGAUGGCGGCCUCACACCUUCAGUUUCGGACCUCGAACGCGUAGCGAAUCUCAAUGUUAAAGUAAGAAUCAUGAUAAGGCCUCGAGGUCCCUUACUAGAAUCCGAACCGCGCGAUUUCAUUUACUCCGACGAGGAAUUCGCGCAGAUGGAGAGAGAUAUCGUGAAGUUCAAGGAGACUGGUUUACUUAAUGAGGCCCGUGGUGAUGGUUUCGUAUUUGGUAUACUGAAAGAGGGCCCCGAAUCUAACAACCCGACCGAUGUUCGAUCGAAAAGUUGUUGGGUCGAUAAAGAGAGAUGUAGCCGCCUAGUAGCAGCUGCCCGCCCGUUUAAGGCUGUGUUUCACCGAGCUUAUGAUGAGAUAGUGAGUUGCGACGAUAAUCGGCCUGGGAUUGAUGAACGCCACGCUUGGAGAACCGGACUUGAUGAUCUAGCACAGUGUGGCUUCGAUUCUAUACUCACAUCCGGCGGUCUCGGAAAAGCAAUCCAGAACUUGGCUAUGUUAGACAAGAUCAUCACUAGAGCAGAAUCUCUUGGCAUCGAGAUCAUCGUUGGUGGUGGCGUCAGGAGGAAUAAUGCCCUUGAAAUAUGCCAGCGCCUAAAGCUCAACGAGAACAAGUACUCAACAUGUGUCCACUCUGCUUGUCUUAGCAAUCCGGAGUCGGAGUAUGUGGAUGCCGAGGAAGUGACUGGUAUCUUGUCGCAAUUGGGAUAAAGCUACCUGGGUAGGUACCUACGUCUCGUCGUCUCAACGUCCGAAAUAGGUCUACCCGUGAGGUCAUUGAAAUUUAUGAAUUUAACAUUACCAACC